UUUUUUACCAAGAAUUCAAAACCUAAACUUAGGGUUUUAUACUUGUAAUUUUUUAGAAUAUAGAUUUUACCACAAAACAAAACCAAAAUCUCUGAGUCUAUGAGAGAUCCAAAAAAAAAGAAAAAGAAAAAAUGAGAGGUGGAUGUCAGAAAUCGAGAGCGAAAGAAAUAAAAAAGAUGCGGCUACUGGUUGGGAAUAUCCUUCAGCAUCUUUAACCGCACCUUUUUUUAUGUUCUCUUUAAUCUUUUUUCGGUUUAAAAAGCAUCUUCUUCUCCCUCCUUCCUGCAUCAUCGUCUCCUUCACCACUCUCGUUUCUCUCUUCUUCUCAUCUCAAAUCCCCCCCCCCUCUCUCUCUUUCUCUCCUAUAUACAGAGAGAGAUCCACAAAAACUACCAAAGUACGUUUCCUCAAGCGUUACUUUUCGAAUUUCCCCAUAUAUAAUAUAAUUGUGUGAGCCGUGAACAACAAUUAAUCAUGGAUUCUUGUCGAUCGAGUCUGAGUUUGCUUAUAUUCUAUAUCUGCGCCAUCCUCGUCGUGUUGUCGAACGGUGAGCUUCAAAGAUUUAUCGAGCCGGCCAAAAGCGACGGUUCCGUUAGUUUCCUAGUCAUCGGAGAUUGGGGUCGCCGUGGCUCCUUUAAUCAGUCUGUCGUUGCCUAUCAGAUGGGAAGGGUUGGAGAGAAGAUAGGUUUAGAUUUCGUGGUCUCUACGGGAGACAACUUCUACGACAAUGGUUUGUUCAGUGAACACGAUCCAAAUUUCGAACAGUCUUUCUCUAACAUCUACACUGCUCCUAGUCUCCAGAAACAGUGGUACAGUGUUUUGGGGAACCAUGACUAUAGAGGUGACGCAGAAGCUCAGCUGAGCUCUGUUCUUCGUGAAAUCGACAGCCGUUGGAUCUGUCUCCGAUCAUUCGUGGUGGACGCAGAGUUAGUAGAGAUGUUCUUCGUUGACACGACUCCUUUUGUGAAAGAAUACUACACUGAAGCAGAUGGUCACACAUACGAUUGGCGCGCGGUUCCUUCACGCAACUCUUAUGUCAAAGCUCUCCUCGGUGAUCUCGAAGUUUCUUUGAAGAGUUCUAAAGCGAGAUGGAAGAUUGUUGUUGGUCACCAUGCAAUGAGAAGCAUUGGACACCACGGAGACACUAAAGAGCUCAACGAAGAGCUUCUUCCUCUUCUUAAAGAGAACGGUGUUGAUCUCUACAUGAACGGACACGACCAUUGUCUUCAACAUAUCAGUGAUGAAGACAGUCCUAUUCAGUUUCUAACUAGCGGUGCUGGAUCCAAGGCUUGGAGAGGAGAUAUUGACCCGGUGACCAACAAUCCCAAGUCUUUGAAAUUCUAUUACGAUGGUCAAGGGUUCAUGUCCGCUCGGUUCACUCACUCAGACGCAGAGAUUGUCUUCUACGAUGUCUUUGGUGAGGUUUUGCACAAAUUGGUUACUUCUAAACAACUUCUUCAUUCCUCAGUUUGAAGUAAAAAAAAAAAAUGCCUAAUAAAAUUGGCUUCAUUGUAAUUUUGUAUCAUAUAUUAAGUCCUAUUGCCCAGGCUAGGUAGGCUUCCUGCUUAGUUUUAGCAUCCCUACCAUCUCUUAGCUUUAGCUUUAUCCCAUCACAAUAUCAUAUAAAUGUACGAUAUUUUAUCUCGGAUUUUGAUACAA